UGGCACAGAAAAGGGGUAAGUGCUGGGACAGAGAUAGGGGCGGGAGGCGGGAGCCUGCCGAGCACUGAGGGGCAGUGGGUGGGCAGGCCCAUGACUCCUCUGGGCUCACAGCUCUGCAGGACAGCAUUCCUGGUCAUCCUGCUGCUGCUGCGGGUGAAGGGGAUGAAGCUUCAGAAGGGGAACCUAGGCCCUGACGAGAGGAGCCAGAAUGAGAAAACACCCUCUACAGAUCAGGAUCAAGAGCAGUUUGAAGAGCACUUUAUGGCUUCCUCUGUGGGUGAGAUGUGGCAGGUGAUGGACAUGGUGCAGCAGGAGGAAGACACGACAUCCAAAGCAGCAACUGUUCACGACCACCUUCUGGACCUCGCCUUCUGCUUGAAUCUGGCCAGCAUCGUGGUUUUUUUAUGAGGGACAUUGAGGCUGAGGUGGUGGCCUGGUUCCUGGAUGAAGACCUGGAUAUCUACCUUGGUUUCAUGAUCGCGUACUGACCCUCUCUCCCCAAUGGACUCCAGGUCACUGCUCCCACAAGAGGUGAACACAUGGCUUCCUGCCUCUUGUCAAUGUCUCCUGUCUUCAGGGGGCAGCACUGAAGACAGUAUUUUCCCUCACCUGUGCCUACCCACCUGUCUGCCUGCCUCAACUUAGGGCUUCCUUUCCCAGGGUCAGAGACACCAGACCCAAGCCCUUCUCUCUUUCCCAGGCCUUUCCCAGUUUUAUUCAAGAUGGCACAUUAGGGGGAGAAAACAGCAACAAAGAAAUAGCAAUAAAAUCCUGAAGACAAUUGGGAGC